AUGAACUUUUACAUCGUACCGUCGAUGCUGUAUCAAGCCCAGCAAAAGAUGAAUAAGAAUAAGAGAGAGAAACAGAAACAACAAGGAGAUAGAUCCCGCAAAGGGUCAUCUGUAAGUGACAAAGCUGGGUCACGUUCUUCGAGGUCAAGUGCAAGUAUCCAUUCUUCUAAUGAAGCAAGCCAAUCAAUCAAAAGUUUAAAUGAGCCAAGUCGGCCAAUGCAGAAGCUUUUAGGUUCCAGGUCAAGCGGAAGUAUGGAAAUGACUCCAGUAAUUUCAGAACUGGAUGCAACAAACUUCGAAGAAGGGACGGCCCCAACGUCACUGUCAUCCAUGAAGAUUGAUGUUUCACCACAAACAAAAAUAAGUUCUCAUUCGAGUCUGAUCAACUCUGAGGGUUCGAUUCCUAUUUCUCCGAAUAACGUUACAAAGAGCGCAUCUUCACAGAAUCGGCAUUUAUCUUUCUCUCAAGUUCCAACAGCUUCAAUGGAACCACAAUAUCCUCCAGAAUCAAUGAGCCCGAAUAAGAGAAGGGGAAAAAUGAAUACCAAUUUUGAGGUACCGCCAUUUCAACUAAUCACAGACUUGUCUAUACUAAACGAUGAUGUCAUCGCAAAGAAGAACUUUUUCAAUCCUCUGAUACUUGACAAACGGUUUCACAACUAUUUGAACUGGCUCAGCGAAUACCAAUCAAGUGAUCCAUUAAACUUUGCUGCUGUUCGAGCGGAAUCAAUGAUGAAAUUGAUCAAGAGACAUGGAACCAAUUACUUUCAAAAAGCCAGCGGUGACGGUCUGAAUCAUAUCGAGGAUACCCGCUAUUACGAAGGAUUGCUAGCAUAUGAAGCUAUGCAAUGCAGAAGCUUUAUCAAAGACCUCCUUUACUUGGAUUCAAAGAAAAACUCUCACAAAGAACCUUUAAUCUUCAACGAAACCUUAAUACAGCUCAAUUUUGCUAACUAUGUCUGGUAUCUCCUACGGCUACCUAACAUCUCCUUGAAUGAUCUGAAACAGCUAGAUGAAAUUAUCUCCAAACAUUAUCAUUUUAAAGCAGCUUUCGGUGAAGUGAAAGAUGCAUUAUACAACCUUAAUAUGGAAAGCUAUUCCGGGGAUAUUUUAAACUCUACUGCAGGUGCUAAUCUCUUGCUACAAUCAGUAACUAAAGUGGCGAAUGAAUUCAUGAUCCUUGAAAAUUACUUGAUCCAUAUUCUCAACAAAUUUGGAGGAAAUUCCCUCAUUGAACAUAGGGUCACUAAGCAUUUGUUUAGCCUUUUUGAUUUGAAUCUUAAGUUGGAGAAUACAGAGUCUUUGAAGGUACUACAUUAUAACAUGUUUCUUAGCGAUCAUUAUUCGUGGAACCUUGCGAUUAAUAUUCCAUUCGUCCGUGUUUUUGAAAUGAACGUGCAUAAUGAACUAAAGGAUUCAGUUAAUGAUAUGCUGGCAUAUCAAGAACAGCUAAAAUCCAGUAAUAAGAAAACCACAUUUCUGAAUAGAGACAAGCAACUUUUUGAUGAUUAUUUCAAGAAUCUUGAUUUGCAAGAUUAUGAGCAAUAUAGAAGUAUGUCAGGGAAGGAUUUUGUCGAAUUGCAAAAGAGCGCUUCUGCUCGUAUUCACAAGUUUUCUAGCAUGUUAGAUGAUGCAACCAUCAAAAAUCAUCACAAACCUCCAAACUUCGAGUACUAUUCAGAGUCAUUGUCAACGAUUGCAUCCGACACUUUUCAUGUUAUACAUUGCAGAGACGCUUACUUCCAAUUAACACAGACUAACUACAAAGUUGUGUUGAGUGAGUUCCAUCGACUCUUAAAGAGAGGAGGAAUUCUCGAGUUACCUUUAUUUAUACCUGGUGAAUCCCAAAUUGACAACCUCAGGGAGGAUACAUUAAUGGGAGUGGAGUUAGAAGCUCCAAAGCCUAUUCCAAAUUUUAUUUUUACGAUAUGUGAUGAGCUUUAUUUGCUAUUCGGUGCAAAGAACGUCAAGUAUGCUGAGGUAUUAUUGUCACCGCAGAAUAUGAUCAGCAAUUUUUGGAUCAACCAUGUCAAUUUUCUCACAAAUGAUGCAUAUGGUGACGUGAAUGCCUUUUGUGCUAAACAUCAAUCUGAUCAAAUUCUCAGCCCCAACACAAAGGAGUGUCACUACUUUUACUAUAUUCGUGCAGAGAAAAUCUAA